AUGGAAAAAAAGAGAGGAAAAAAUUGUGCAUUUUUAGCACAUAUUGGAGACGAUAUAAAUUCACCUGAGAAAGCAGUUGCAGAUCUCAUGAACCAACCAACACAUAUUGGAAGAAGGUUUGCGUACUUCACAUCACAAGAAAUCGCUGACAAUAGACUUCGUUUGAAAACAUCAAUUGAGAGAAUUAGGUGGCUAGCGUUUCAAGGAUGCCCUUUUAGAGGUCACAAUGAAUCUAAAACUUCAAUUAAUCAGGGAAACUUUUUAGAGUUAUUGAGUUUCAUAACUUCCUAUAAUGAUAAGGUAGCAGAAGUUUUGGAUAAAGCUCUACAAAAUGCCAUAUAUACAUCGCCAACAACGCAAAAACAAGUUUUGCAUGUCUUGGGAAAUAAAGUGAGAAACGCGAUUCGUGAAGAAAUUGUUGAUGCAAAAUUUUCAGUAAUAGUUGAUGAAGCACAAGAUGAAUCUAAGAAAGAGAAAAUGUCAAUUAUUUUGAGAUUUAUUGAUAAAUAUGGGUAUGUGCAAGAACGUUUUUUCGGGCUUAUUCAUGUCAAAGACACUGCUGUUUUAACAUUAAAAGAAGGUAUUUUCUCUAUACUCUCUAAUUAUAGUCUUGAUGUUCAAUCUAUUCGUGGGAAAGGUUAUGAUGGCGCAAGUAAUAUGUGUGGACAAUGGAAUGGUUUGCAAGCUUUAAUUUCAAGUGAAUGUCCUUACGCUUACUAUGUUCAUUAUUUUGCACAUCGUUUGCAAUUGGUAUUAGUUGUUGUAUCUGCAGAAGUUAUUCUUGUCCAUCAAUUUUUUACAAAGUUGAACUCCAUUGUUAAUAUUAUUGGUGCUUCAUAUUUUAGUGCUCACUAUACUACAAAAAGAGGAAGAAGUCGUGGUCAACAAGAUGCAAUUACAGUGGAGCAUUAUUACAGAGUUGAUCUUUUCAAUGCAGUGAUAGACUUUCAACUACAAGAAUUAAACAACAAAUUCAAUGAUAGCACAAUGGAGUUACUCAUUCUUAGUUCAGCUUUAGAUCCAAGAGAGAUGCACACAUCAUUCAGAAUUGAUGAUAUUUGCAAGUUGGUACAAAAAUUUUACCCAAAAGAUUUUACAGAAUACGAGAUGUGGUUGGUAAAAACUAGAAAAGCAGAGAUUUUUUCAAUUGUGUAUAAAGUUAUAAAUCUUAUUCCUACACUUCCAGUUUCUACAGCUACCAUAGAACGAUCUUUUUCAGCUAUGAAUAUAGUGAAGACUACACUUUGCAACAAGAUGGAAGAUGAAUUUUUAAGUGAUUUUGUUUGUGGACCUCACGUGAGAUGCAUUCGUGCGGUGAAUGAUUCACGUGAGGAGUACGGCAAAAGGACAGGGUUAGGUGAGGGGAGGGAUGCGCGUGGACGUGAGAGUGCGUGCAACAUUCGUUUCCCGUCCAUUGAUGAUGCGGCACAUUUAAUGGGUGUCAAACAAAUACUCAAGCGUUUCUACCCGCCCUUGAAGAGCAUUCAUCCCAACCGUUAG